AUGCACCUGAUGAAGUCUGUGGCCAUCCUGUGGCUGACAGCAGUGCUGCUUUUGUUGCCCACACUCACGCAAUGUGGGAAGUGCCCUCGUGUCUGCACCUGUGACAGCAAAAAGCUCACUGUAUCAUGCACGGGGAAGAACCUCACCCAGGUCCCGGCCACCAUUGAUGAGAUAACAGUGAAGUUGGAUUUGAAGAGGAACAACCUGGGGGAGUUGGUGCGGGGAGAGUUCACACACACACCAUACCUCACACACCUGGGCCUGCAGGGCUGCAGAAUACACUCCAUACAAGAGGGAACCUUCAGGGGUCUCUCACGCCUCGUUCAACUCGACCUCACCAACAACAACAUUGAGAUCCUUCCCCAGGAGUCAUUUGAUGGCCUGUCAUCGCUGAAGCAGUUGUUCCUGGAUCGGAAUCGUAUUGAUGAGAUCAGACCAGGGGCAUUUUCUCAACUGGGAUCACUGAGCCUCCUGUCUCUCACCCAUAACCAGCUCAUUUAUAUCCCCAAUAUGGCCUUUCAAGGCCUGUUGAAUCUACAGUCGUUGCGUCUGAACCAUAACUCUCUUAAUAAUCUUGAGACUGAGGCCUUUGCCAGCCUUCUCUCCCUCACCCACCUCAGUCUCAGUCACAACGAGCUUCAGUUCUUCCCCACUAUCACCAUGACCAGACUAGUGGGGCUAACCCAUCUGGAUUUGAGCUUUAACCCCAUGACAUUCCUGGGUGAGAUGAGUGUGUCAAUGCCCAAACUCACGCACCUGUCUAUGGCGCACAUGGCCCUGCAGGAUGUGUCUGCAGCAGCACUGUCUCUCUCUCCACUCCUGUCUCGCCUGGACCUGAGUCAUAACCAGCUACACUACCUCCAACCAUUGAUAGGAACUGGACAGCUCCAGACCAUCAACCUCACCGCUAAUCCGGUGCGGUGUACAUGCAUGCUGCUGGACCUACGCGUCUGGGCACGGGAUGGCGGGGUCAAACUCCAAGGAAACUGCGCUGGACCACCGCACCUUUCAGACGAGCCACUAGAGGGUGUGCUGGAGCAGGACCUGCGCUGCAGGAGACGGGAUGGAGGGAUGAAAGAGGAGGAAGAGGAGGAAGAGAGGACUGUGACCAUUACUGAGCCAAAGAGGAAGGACAACUGCCCUGAGAACUGCCUGUGUGAGCCUGAGGCUCAGCAUGUGUCUUGUGAAGAUCGUGGCCACACCAAAGUCCCCCGUGGUUUCCCCAACAGCACCCACUUGCUGGACCUGCGUGGCAACCACUUCCACUAUAUCCCUGGCAACAGCUUCCGUGGUAUCCCUGAGGUAGUGUCCCUGCACUUGGAUGGCUGUAAGAUCCAUGAAGUUGAGGCUGGAGCUUUCCGUGGGUUGAAGGGGCUCAUGUACCUCUACCUGUCAAACAACGAGCUCUCUUCUCUGGACAAGGAGGCCUUUGCUGGAGCGCAGCAGCUCAUGUACCUCCACCUGGAUGGAAAUAAACUCACCCACUUCCCCUCUGCAGCUACGCUAGCACACAUUCCGAAACUACUAGAACUGCACCUGGAGAGAAACCUCAUUGCUAAGCUGGAGCCAGCAGGGCUUCUCCAACCAAUCCCCAUGCUCCGAGGACUCUACCUUACCAAUAACAGCAUCUCCACUGUCUCAGCAAAGGCUUUAGACCCUGCCACAAACCUCGAGGUCCUACAUCUAGGAGCCAAUCAGCUUACAGAUGUGCCAAAUGGUUUGUUAGGCCAUGCCCCUCUGUUGGCUGAGCUCCAUCUCUCAAGGAAUCCAAUUCGCUGGAUUGGUCCAAAGGCAUUUCAGGCGGUGGGAGGGAGUCUGAAGCAUCUGUACCUGGAUGGGCAGGGGCUGAAGAAGCUGAGUCAGGAGGCUCUGGCUGGAUUGGGUUCAUCUCUACAGUCUCUUGCUCUGGAGGACAAUCAGCUGGAGCAGCUGCCUGACCUUUCACCUCUGACUGGACUGCGACACCUCACACUGGACCACAACCCUCUAAUGUGUGACUGCAAUCUUCUGCUGCUCUGCAGAUGGAUGGAGCAGACUGGUCUGAUUAUGUCUGCAACGUGUGGCUACCCUGCUGAGCUUCAUGGUCAGAGUGUCAGAGAAGUGGACAUCUUUAAGAACUGUAGCACUGAGAAACCUCAUGCCAUCACCAACUCCACCAGCCUUAUCAAGACCCCAAAGUCCUCCAAAUCCAUGCUCACACUACUGAAUGGAGCCACAACUAAGCCUUCCAACACAAAAAAAUCCAAACCUAAACCAACCAAGAACAAGCCAAGGGUGAAACCAUCAGUAACUGAACCCAACAGGCCCCUAAAAUCAGCUCUGAAAACCGCACAGAGAAAGAACAAGAAGAGACAAUGA